CUCAAUUACAUUUUUAAUGAUAAAAAACCUAACUAAAGCGCUGUUACUAUUCAUCUCCAUCUCCAUCUCCAUCUCCAUCUCCAUCUCCAUCCCCCAUUUCGGUCUUCUCCCUCUCAUUCUGCUUCUCUAUCUUCUUCCUCUAAAAAGUUCUGCAGACGACAAGUUUUCCAUAAAUAAGGACUAAACCUAUCCUUCACCUGUAGAUGAUGAAUUGAGCACACAUGCAAUAUCGAAUCCUGGUUCUGAUAUAUAUCCACUGGUUUCGGAGUGACUGCAAGAUUAAAGUGUGCAAGUUGACGAAAUGGCAAAUAGCAAGUACGAAUAUGUGAAGUCAUUUGAGGUGGAUGAUGAAAUCAUGCUGCCCAACACCAUCAUUGUCCGUGUUCAUGCCCGUGAUUUCUGCAGGUUUUCUGAAGUGCAUGAAUUUGAGAAACCAAAUGAUAAGAAAGCAUUAGAGUUAAUGAAUGAGUGUGCCAAUGCUGUUUUGGAGCAGUUUCCAGAUGUUAUAUUCUCAUAUGGUUACAGUGAUGAGUACAGUUUCAUAUUCAAAAAGGAAACCAAGUUCUACCAGCGACGUGGCAGCAAGAUACUCUCUCUUAUUGUGUCUUUCUUUUCAUCCACUUAUGUUACUAAGUGGAGGGCUAUUUUCCCUCAGAAAGAUUUGAAAUGUGCCCCUUCAUUUCGGGCUCGAGUUAUUUGCUGUGCAUCUAUGGAGGUUCUUCAAGCAUAUCUGUUAUGGCGACAAUAUGAAUGUCACACAAAUAAUCAGUAUAAUACUUGUCUUUGGCAUCUGAUUAAAAGUGGAAAAAGUAAAGAGGAAGCACAAGCCACAUUGAGGGGGUCUCUUAAACAAGACAAAAAUGAAUUGCUUUACCAGUGUUUUAACAUCAACUACAAGAAAGAUAUUCCAGAGGUGUUUCGCCAAGGUACAUGCACUCUCAAGACAGAGGUUGAAGAUAUUGUGAAGUACAAAGAUGAUGGCUUCCCUGUCAAAAGAACUAGGAGGAAAGUCUUAAGAGUUCACUCAGAAAAUAUUGCAUCAAAAAGAUUUUGGAAGGAAAAAUUGUGUCUCUCGAAAGAAGAGGUGGACCAAUUUUGUGAAGAUUUGAACAAAACUAGACCUGAGUAUGUCAAAUCUUUCCAAUACGAGAGCAGAUUGAUGUUGUCAACCUGGAUCGUUGUUCGCAUUGAUGGCUGUCAUUUCCACAGGUUUUCCGACAUUCAUGAAUUUGAGAAGCCAAAUGAUGCACAAGCUCUCAAUCUAAUGAAUGCAUGUGCUGUUGCUGUACUGGAAGAGUUUAGGGAUGUCGUUUUUGCUUACGGUGUUAGUGAUGAGUACAGCUUUGUUUUGAAGAAAGACUCCCAGCUGUAUCAAAGAUGUGCCAGUGAGAUAGUUUCUUCUGUUGUAUCUUUCUUUUCUUCAACGUACACGAUGAGAUGGAAUGAGUUUUUCCCGCAAAAAGAGAUGAAACGCCUACCAUACUUUGAUGGCCGUGCUGUUUGCUACCCAUCCAGUGAGAUCGUUAAGGAUUAUCUAGCAUGGAGACAAGUUGAUUGUCACAUCAACAAUCAGUACAAUACUUGCUUCUGGUUGCUCGUGAAAUCCGGAAAGAGCAAGAGCGAUGCACAAAGUGAUUUGAAGGGGACUCAAACUCCGGAGAAAAAUGAAAUUCUUGAUAGACUAACCGGAAUUCUCAACUAUUACGACACAUUACCACCUAUGUUCUGCCUGGGAUCGUCUGUUUUCUGGGACAAAGAGACGAAGAUGGUGGACAACGAAGAAGGUGCUACUGGCAAGUCGCGCAAGAUAGUUGUCGUAGGGCAUUGCAACAUAAUCGAGACAGGCUUCUGGGAAGCGCACCCUCAGAUACUAGACGAGAAGGUGGAUCGUUUUAAAUCGGUUCAGAAUGCCAAUGGUAAGAAUGAUCUGCCAUGAAAUUUGAAUGAUUAGAGUUGAUUCAUUUCGGAUUUCGUAGAAAUCAAUUAGAACACAUGUUUAUUUUUGGCACACCAUAAUUUAAUCUAUUAUCAAACUUGAUGGAAGUUUGAUUCACAUUGUAGUUGCGGCUGAUGUUGAUAUUAAUUAUUUUUUGCCUCGUUAUCAAUUUUAUUA